AUGCUGGUGCAACAUCCAGACUUGCCACUAUUCCCGGUUAUUGGCGAGUACUAUCCGUUGUCUUCUCCGUCUUCAACAUUUACUCAGUCACGAUUGUCCGGUGCGCUUUUUGCUUUGCCUCUAACAACAACAGUUCUUCGAAGUAAUCAGCCCGGGCUGACCAGCCCAGUUCACUUUUGUCGUUUAUACACGUCCAACCGGUCGAUCCAAUCAGCACAGCAUUCAUUUACCACGUACAUCAAUCCGCCUGACUUCAAUAUCCGAAUGCCUCGUCAUUCUCAACCGAAAGCGAAUCAGGACGCGGAAUGCUCUGCAUUUCCAGCCCCGCUUGCUCCCAUCGCGGCAGGAAAAAAGAGAGGAGCAUCUGUGGUCUCUAGAGGCAACCUCAUGACAUCCACUCCCGGUGUUUCUCUGAAUUCCAACGACCAACCUCCUCUGCGUUUGCCCCCCAAGCUCAAAGAGGCGGAGCGCAUGAUGCAUGUGCAACGAUGGGUAAAUCAUCUUCCUAUUCCCGCCGGAGGUUCUUGUUCUAACUGGACAUAUGCCAAUUUGCAAGGAUACAGACACUUUGAUGAGGAUCGUGAAUUGACUCCUCCAUCGAGUCGCAAUUAUCUCUCUAGUCUGCCAUUUACCCCCGAAGAAGAGCAGAUGAUGAUCCGCUUCUUUUCUCCACCUUCGGACUACCGCCAUAACCAGGCGUCGGCCGCCUUGCAAAUUCCUUAUUCAUCCAAUCAACCCCACAUCUCUUACCACGCCCAACGCACAUCCGCCCUACAUCAGACUACUGCUAACCAACACUUAGCUUCCUCUAUGCAACAGGCCGACGAAGUUGCUGCGACUGGCGGCACUGAUAUUCCACCCUGUAUUCCUCAAUGCAAGCCUAGUGCUCACCAUCGGCCAGAAGCGGACGGUCCCGGAUGCAGUCGCUUUUUUGCCGAAUGGGAGACACGUCUCAUCAGCCGCCUGUUUCAUGAGUAUUUUCCCGGGCGUCCAGAACCGAUGGGCAAUGCCGGCACUUUGCCUUCUGUUGGCGAAGUCCGUUCCCGAAUAGCCACAUCAAGACUAAAGGAUACAAGAACUCCAACGGCUAUCCGAGCUAAAAUUAAGCGGAUGCAAUCAUCUGGCACGUGGAUUGAAUAUCAGUAA